AUGCAUGUCGCGCCGAGGCCUAGCUUGGGCCCCGACCGACCAGUGCGCCAUCUGGCAGUGACUUGCGUGAUGGUGCUUCUUGCGGCUUGCAUUGCCACGCGUGGCGGAAAGCCGGUCCUCUCUCGUCAGUUCCGAGAGAUGGCUGGUUCCCGCAUUGAGGCGCUUCUUGCGUCGUUCCCGAAACUUAUUCGCUCGGGAUCGCAGCAUACGUUUGUCGAGACGGACUCGGUGCGCUUCGUGUACCAGCCUCUGGAAGACUUGUACAUGAUUCUGAUCACUACGAAGAACUCCAACAUCUUGCAGGACAUUGACUCCCUCCAGCUAUUUGCGCGGGCCGUGAGUGACCAAUGCCAUUCGUUAGAUGAGCAGGAUAUUGUGCUUUCGUGCUUUGAAAUUCUCGAGGCAUUUGACGAGAUUGUUGCGAUGGGCUACCGUGAGAAUGUGACGCUCUCGCAGAUCCGUACGAUGCUCGAGAUGGACAGUCACGAAGAGCGGAUCCAGGAGAUUAUUGAGCGUAACAAGGAACUCGAAGCCAAGGAAGAACUCAAGCGCCGUGCGCGGCAGCUUGAGAUGCAGCGUCGCGAUGCAGCGCGGCGCCAGCACAGUGGUUUCGGCAGCGAUAGCAUCUCGUCGAUGCCCCGCAGUUUUGAUACGGCGCCGACAUCUACGGCGCCUGUGCAUAGCCUGCCAGACGAGCAGCCGGCAUCGCAACCGGCGGCCAAUCCGUUCAAAGGGAAAGGCAUGUCGCUCGGGAAGAAACCUAAGGGCGCUGCCUUGCUUGGCUCGGUCCCGAAAUCGACGCAGGCCGCGCCUGCGCCUGCCCCUGCUCCGGCCCCAGCACCUGCCCCAGCGCCGGUACGAAAGCAGGCGCCCAUGUCGCUUCGCUCAAAGCCAACGUCCACGCCUGCGCCUCCCGGGAAAGCGGUGCCGAUGGCCCCUGCAGCGUAUGAAGCCGAGGCGGCGUAUGAGCAGCAGGCCGCCUACGAACCAGAGGAGGCGUACGAAGAGCCAGCGUAUGAAGAAGAGUUGCUGGGGGGCCCUGCCGACAAGGCGAUGGCCGCACCGUUGGUUGAGGCGGCUGAGACAGCACCGCUGGAGGAGCCUACCGACGUGGCGAACGCGGAGGCUGCGCCUGUGCCUGCAGUGCAAGACGAGGUGGUGGUGGCGCCUGCCGCAGAGGCGGCGGAGCCGGUGCCGGCGCCGUCGGCGCAUGCCAGCGAUAAUGUCCACCUUGUCAUCAAAGAGCGUGUCUCUGUGACGGGCAACCGGGAUGGCGGUUUGGACUCGCUGGAAAUCAAGGGUGAUUUGAUGCUGAAGAUCACGGACCCUGCUGCGACGCGUCUGCGUAUCAUGAUGGCAGCGGAAGAGCGAUUUGGUGGUACAGAGGUGCAGUACCGUACACACCCGCAUGUCGAUAAGCAGCCGUGGGCGAGUGAGCGUCAGAUUGCGUUGCGGGACCCCAAGCGUGAGUUCCCGCUGAACCAGCAGGUGGGUGUGCUGCGCUGGCGUGCGGUGACGAAGGACGAGUCGGAGUUGCCACUUUCCAUCACAGUGUGGGCGAGCCCCGCAGGCGAUGGCUCGUGUGAAGUCAACUUGGAGUACCAGCUGGAAAACACAGCGAUGACACUGUACGACGUGGUAUUCUCGCUGCCUGUGCCGCCCCAAGUCGAGCCCAUGGUAUCGGAGCCGGAAACGGGCACCUACGAACUCGAAGCAGUGAAUCACCGCGUCCUGUGGCGUGUGCCCGCGAUCUCGGCAGACAACGCGUCGGCCAACUUGGAAUUGGUCGUCGACAGCGGCGCCGAGUCCACGGACGUGUUCUUCCCUGUCGCUGUCGACUUUACGUCGGAGCGUGCCUUGCUUCACCUGCACAUCCUCGGUGUGCAGGAAGCGACUAGUGGCCAACCUCAGCCGUACUCGAGCGAGACGGUGUUGGUAGCCGACCACUAUCUCGUCCACUAG